AGCCUGCAGUCUCAAUCGCUGUACAACCCCGCUACUUAUGUUCGGUGCGACUUAACGCAGCAGCAAACGGGCCACACUGUUGCCAUGAGGUCGUCAAAUUUCGCCCGCAAGCACUCUCAAAAGACGGUCGAGGAGCACAAGUGUCUUGCUGCUAAGGUGUCUGCCAACAGGUGUCUGCAGACUCACUACAGUGACGCAACUCAGGCACUGCACCCUCGCAGCCACGCCGCAUCCCGGAGAAGAACUGUCACCUCCUGAGCAUGUGUAGGGUUACGUCUCUUUUGGACGUUCACUACAAUUACUCGCCCCAGAUCUACCGAUCUACCGGAUCUACCCUAGCGGCCAGACUCAGACGACCAAACGGUCGCCCCAGUUGGCCUCGCUCUUCCAAGCUGCCGAGGCGAACAAGCUGGAAGAUGCUGACGCGGGCCUGCCACAGACAGCCCGGCCUGGACCUUAUAUGCAGCAAGAUGGAGCUUGGCUCUGACGUAAGGUCAUCGGUGUAUGUAGCCACACGCUUGGCAUUACGGAACGCCGAGUCGAUUAGGCUGCAACAUCCACAGGGCUAGAGCACGGAUUACUGUCAAGUCAUGGCUUGGCAUAGAAAUCCGUUCUGAAAGUGCAGGGCUUUUUGCGGUCUGGACUUUAGCGAACAACCGUUCCUGCGAGGCUGCAAGGUCACUCCUGUCCACGACUAUCGCACAGCAUACUGCGGGAGCAAGUCGUCGGCCUUGGUUUGGGCUGCCUAAAACCUGGAACACAGCGUGGAAGGCACAUGUCUGAAAUUGGCAGGUGGAAUGUGCACAGGUUGAGUCCUGUAAUGAGUCUCUAUACUACAUACUCCUAAUCUUAAUUUAAU